UCCUAGCAAUUUUGAUGCUUUGGCAACGAUAGCUAUCUUCGGCAGUAAAGAUGUUUGUCGGAGGAAAGGAUUGUUUUUGUGAAACGUCCAUGAAACGAUGAGGGAAGAUGAUGAUGGCUGAUCAGUUUCGUAAAGUAGAACAAUAUUCGCCAAAAUCAUCACCCAGGGGGGCUCGUUCCCCAGUUGUUUCGCGACAAGAUUCGACAGGAACGCUAAAAACAACGAUUUCUUUGGGGAAAAAUCCCUCCAUUGUCCAUAGCGGGCCUUUCUACUUGAUGAAGGAGCCGCCAGGAGAAUGUGAACUUACAGGUGCAACAAAUUUGAUGGCAUAUUAUGGCCUCGAACAUUCGUAUAGUAAAUUCAGCACUGGGAAGAAAGUGAAAGAACAGUUGUCGUCGUUUUUGCCGAAUUUGCCUGGUAUGAUAGACACGCCUGGCCAUCAGGAUAAUAGCUCCCUCCGAUCAGUCAUUGAGAAGCCGCCAAUUUGUGGUAAAGAACUACUUCCUUUAACAAGUGUCCAACUUUCUGGUUUCCGUUUACAUCCUGGACCUCUGCCUGAACAGUACAGAUAUGUUAACCAACCACCGCAGAGAAAACAUAAAAACAAGCAUAAGAAACAUAAACAUAAAGCUGGCGAUACUCCUAAUCAAGAAACACAAAUUACAGAAGUCGGACAAGAUACACACGAGAAGAAGCAUAAAAAACAGAAACGGCAUGAUGAAGACAAAGAUAGAAAGAGAAGGAAGAAGGAAAAGAAGAGAAAGAAGCAGAAGCAUAGUCCAGAACAUUCUGGGGGUCUGACACCAAGUCAACAUUCGAAUGGUUAAUGAAAGGCAGUGCGGCCACAACAUUGUGAUUGCAUUUCAGAGUUAUUGUGGUUUGUUGUUUUUACCCAAGCAUUUAGCAGUGUCUUACUGUGCACAAUGCUGAAAAGUGGUUUUUAUUUCAGUGAAAUAGUUUAUCUCGAAAGAAAAAUCUCAGGAAAGUGAUUUUACAUAUAAUUUUAAGUAAUUAUAUGUUUGUACACUCGGCAGUGAUCUCAUGUAUCAUGGGCAAAGACAGCGUUCUGUGAAGUGAUAAAUUAAUUUUGUAAUCUAUUUUAUGUGAUGAAUAUGUAUAGGACAGGAAGAAGUAUGUACUUGUUAUGAAAUGAAUUAAAGUAAUUUUAUUUAACCGAUUUAAAUAAAAAGAAACGUUCUCGUA